AUUGUCAAAAGUGGAUGUUCUUCUGUUCAGCUCUGAACGCGACGAGCACAAUGAUGAAGAUGGCUUCUCCCUCCACCAUCUUUCUGGUUCUGCUCUGCUGCUCCUUCAUCCAAACAGCUUCUCAGAGCCAAUGUGACAUGUACGCCGCAGUAGGAAGAGACUUUGUUGUGCCUCUGAACUCCCGGAUGAAGGACCCGUCACAAUGGACAUGGAGUCACAAUGAUUCCAUUAUCUUUAAGAAAAGAGAGAAAGCUGUUCUCACAGGAAAAGAAGACGACGUUGAUGAGAAAGGAUCCCUGAGGCUGAAAAAUCUGACAAUCAGUCAGUCAGGAACCUACAAACCAGAGGUUUUCAAUGAAGGCCGAAAAGCUGAGCAAAAUUUAAAGACAAUACGAUUGUGUGUGAUUGCUCCUGUACCGAAGCCUGAAGUAAACGUGACGUGUGAAGGGUCAGAAGUCACUUUCACCUGCAUGGUUCCGGAGAAAGACCUGCCACAAAAGAAAGAUUUUACUGUUGCAUGGUAUCACAGUGGCAAGGUUAUUGCCAAAAUGAAGGAUUGGAGUGUCACAUAUAAAGCCAAAGAUGUGAAAAACGACCAUUUUAGUUGCAACAUUUCGAACCAGGCCUCCUAUGCGGGCAGUGAUUCUGUGAAACAAACCUGUGAUAUCUCCUUUUUCCCUGAGGAAGUUCUUGGCAUUAGCAUCUGGAUUUUUAUUGGCGGUGGAGCAGGUGUUGCGGUGGUGCUGAUCAUCGUUGUCAUUAUCUGCUGUGUUCGAGCCCGGCGGAGGAAGCAAAUGCAACUCAAAGAUGAGGGCGAACUUCGGUUGCAGUGGACCGAUACCGAUCAUCCUCAUCACCAUCAUCAUCACCAACAUCAGCACAGCCACCCUUCUGGCCAUCAUCACCAUCACCAUCAUCACCACCACCAUCAGCAAUCCCACCGCCAGCAGCAGCAGCAGCCAGCUGGAAACACCGGGCCCCGACCGAGUCGCUCCAGGCAGCACCAGCACCGGGACCCUCAACGCUCGCGGCUCCCCGAGCCCCCCACCAACGGCCAGCCGCUGCCCUCCCCCCGCCGGGCCGCGCAGGGACCGAGGCCGGCUGAAAACGCUGACGCCGAGCAGCCGCCGCCGCUCCCUCAGCCCAGGAAGAAAGCUCCCAAAGCACAGAGGGUUUGACGCGAGGUCCACAAAAUGUCAGCGGCCAUUGUUAUUCACCACAUCCUUUCUCCUUUAACCCCUCCCCCUCCAUCGUUGGAGUCUCAACUAUCAUGAUGUGUGCAUAAGAAAAUAUGGAUUUUUCUUGUGAAAUAGGAAAAAAAAAAAAAAACAUUCUCGGCUGUGUGUGCAUAAGUGGUGUCAGUUGCGAAGCGUCGUCCUCCGGUAAGAUGUUUGAGACUGAGUCACUUUCAGCUGCUUCUCGAGUAAAUGUGAUGCAUGCAAACAGUGCAUGUGUGUGUGUGUGUGUGUGUGUGUGUGCGUGUGUGUGUGUGAGUGUCUCUACAGAGAAGAACUUCCUGUUCUCAGAGAAAACUAAAAAAACCGAUCUUCAAAGAAAUGUGCUGUCUUUUUCUCGUCUGAAAUGAGAUCAUAUUAUUUCGUAAUUCUACGUUUCCUGUUUGGUUUUUGUUUUUCCUGUCUGCAGCGUUAUGUUCCACUGUGUGAUUGAUUCCACAGUCAAACUAUGAAACCAGGUGCAGUGUUUGAAGUCUGUUUUAUUUCAUUUCAUUAUUAGUAGAUAUGUGGGGUUUUUUUUUUUUCCAUGUUUCCCAUUCAAACUUGCCACCAGAUGGCAAUCAAGUUAUAUUUAUCAUUUCAUGACCUUUUUGCCUCAUGCUUCCUUUUAUCACAAGUCAGUUCAUGUUUUAAACACUUUUUUUCAAUUAUUCAAUAUUUUGAAAAUGUAUUUUUUGAAAAGAUCCCACAGAUGAAUCGUUGAUUCAUCAGAUCAAACUGACAUGGGAUCUAAGACUGCAAAUCUCCUUCUAACUUUAAAUGUAUUUAGAUUUAAAUGCCUACUGUGUCUCUGCUCAAUCAGCAGUAUUGUUUUCAUUUCCACCCCUGUUAUUUGCACAGUCUUUUUUUUUUUAUUGUAUUUUUUUUUCUGUGUGUCAAAAUAAAUAUGUACAGCCACAAGGAGGC